AUGACUUCUAAGUCAGAGGAGCCGACCAUCCGGCCUGUGUAUAAGGUGUACAAGCGACGGUUCUGGGGCCUCGCGCAGCUUGUGCUGCUGAAUAUCGUCGUGAGCUGGGAUUGGUUGACCUUCUCCUCCAUCUCCAGCACCGCCGCAGACUACUUUGAGGUCUCUGAAGGAGCGAUCAACUGGUUAAGCACUGGCUAUCUGUUCGCCUUCUGUGUCGCUAGUCCGUUCGUGAUCUGGGUGUUGAAUAAAGGAGGCCCCAAGCCUGCAAUUAUCACCACAGCAACCCUUUUGCUGGUCGGGAAUUGGCUGCGAUAUGCGGGCACUCGAGCAAACGGGGGCAUUUUCGGUCUGGCGAUGUUCGGGCAGUUCGUGAUCGGCCUGGCCCAGCCGUUCUGUCUAUGCGCGCCCACGCGCUAUAGUGAUCUAUGGUUUACAGAUCGCGGCCGCACCAGUGCCACAGCAGUCGCUAGUUUGGCUAAUCCCCUCGGUGCGGCAUUGGGCCAGCUGGUCGAUUCAGAAUGGGUCACCAAGCCCUCAGAUAUCCCGAACAUGGUGCUCUACAUCUCUGUCAUUGCAACUAUUGCAUCUAUCCCAUCCUUCUUCCUUCCUGCCGCCCCACCGACGCCACCGACUGCUUCUUCUGAAGCCCCCCGCACGCCUUUAAUCCCAGCCACAAGGGAAUUACUUGGAACACUAGAAUUCUGGCUCAUCCUGGUGCCAUUCUCGGUUUACGUUGGCUUUUUCAACAGCGUAUCGUCCCUUUUGAAUCAGAUCUUAGAGCCUUAUGGCUUUUCCGAAACAGACGCCGGAAUUGCAGGUGCCAUCUUGAUUGUUGUGGGCCUCGUAGUGUCAGCAAUAGUGUCUCCACUCACGGACCGGUUCAAGCAUUAUCUGGGAUCGAUCCGCAUUCUUGUACCGAUAAUUGUCGCCUCUUAUAUCGGAUUGAUCUUUGCACCCGCUAGCCCUGCCGGAAUAGCGCCCUCUUAUGUGGUCAUGGCACUGAUGGGGGCAUCCUCCUUUGCGCUUCUCCACACAGUCCUCGAGUAUCUGGUCGAACUCACAUAUCCGUUCUCCCCAGAGAUUGGAAGCACCAUCUGUUGGACUGGGGGCCAGCUGCUUGGGGCAUGCUUUAUUCUCAUCCAAGAUGCGCUCAAGGCGGGGAAGAAUGCUAGUCCACCUUCGAACAUGCGCAAUGCAUUGAUCUUCUCCUGUGUUGUGUCUGCAGCGGCUGCACCCUUUCCUCUAUGCCUUGGUCUAUUUGGGAGAGAUGUCCAACGCCGACGUUUAGAUAUCGAUAUUGGGGUCGAGCUCCAGCCUAGGAACGAGCGCACUCCUGGCUCGACUGCUGGCGAGACUAAACCUUGA